CCGGGUUGCGGGCGGUGUCAUGGCGGCGCACCUGAAGAAGCGGGUGUAUGAGGAGUUCACCAAGGUGGUCCAGCAGCAGCAUGAGGACCUGUCCACUAAGAAGCUGCGGCUGACCAAGCCCAGCAAGUCAGCAGCGCUUCAUGUCGACCUGUGCAAAGCCACCUCGCCUGCAGAUGCCCUGCAGUACCUGCUCCAGUUCGCCAGGAAGCCCGUGGAAGUGGAGAGUGUGGAAGGGGUUGUCAGGAUCCUGCUGGAGCAUUAUUACAAGGAGAAUGAUGCCUCUGUAAGACUGAAGAUUGCAUCCUUGCUGGGGUUGUUGUCAAAGACUGCAGGAUUUUCCCCAGACUGCAUUGUGGAUGAUGCCAUUAACACACUGCAAAAUGAGAAAUCUCACCAAGUCCUUGCUCAGCUGCUGGACACGCUGUUAGUGAUUGGCACAAAACUCCCAGAGAAUCCAUCUGUCAGGAUGAGGCUGGUGGAGGUAGCAUGCAAGCAUCUGACAGAUUCUUCUCAUGGUGUAAGGAAUAAGUGUCUUCAGUUAAUUGGUUGUCUUGGCCCAGUGGAAAAAGGUGUUGCAAAAGAGGCUGAAAGCCAGGCAGCCAAAGAUGUCCAGAAGAUAAUAGGAGAUCACUUUAAUGAUCAGGAUCCUCGUGUUAGGACUGCAGCUAUAAAAGCCAUGCUGCAGCUUCAUGAAAGAGGAUUAAAAUUACAACAAGCUAUUUAUGGUCAGGCSUGCAAGCUGCUGGCAGAUGAUUAUGAGCAAGUGCGCAGUGCUGCAGUUCAGCUGAUUUGGGUCCUCAGUCAACUUUACCCUGAAAGCAUUGUCCCAAUUCCUUCUUCAAAUGAAGAAAUUCGCUUGGUYGAUGAUGCCUUUGGAAAAAUUUGCCAUAUGGUUAGUGAUGGUUCCUGGGUUGUUAGAGUACAAGCUGCUAAGUUAUUGGGUUCUAUGCAACAAGUUAGCUCCCAUUUCUUGGAGCAGACCCUUGACAAGAAGCUCAUGUCAGAUCUGAGGAGGAAGCGYACUGCACAUGAACGAGCCAAAGARCUCUACAGCUCUGGGGAGUUUUCAAGUGGCAGAAAGUGGGGAGAUGAUGCUCCCAAAGAAGAAAUCGAUACUGGCGCUGUGAACUUGAUUGAAUCAGGAGCUUGUGGGGCUUUUGUUCAUGGCCUGGAAGAUGAGAUGUAUGAGGUUCGAAUCGCUGCCGUUGAAGCCCUGUGUAUGUUGGCUCAGUCCUCACCUUCUUUUGCGGAGAAAUGCCUGGAUUUUUUGGUUGACAUGUUUAAUGAUGAAAUUGAGGAGGUGAGAUUGCAGUCAAUACACACAAUGAGGAAAAUUUCCCACAAUAUCACGCUGCGGGAGGACCAACUGGAUACUGUGUUAGCUGUCUUGGAGGAUUCUUCGAGGGACAUUCGAGAAGCACUUCAUGAGCUGUUGUGUUGCACCAAUGUUUCCACUAAAGAAGGCAUUCAUCUUGCACUGGUGGAGCUGCUGAAAAACCUGACCAAGUAUCCCACAGACAGAGAAUCCAUAUGGAAAUGCUUGAAGUUCUUGGGAAGCAGGCAUCCCACUUUGGUGCUUCCAUUAGUCCCAGAGCUGCUGAGCACGCAUCCGUUCUUUGACACUCCRGAACCAGACAUGGAUGACCCAGCCUACAUUGCUGUUCUGGUUCUGAUUUUUAAUGCUGCUAAAAGUUGCCCAACAAUGCCUGCCCUGUUCUCUGACCAUACGUUCAGACAUUAUGCAUAUCUUCGGGACAGUCUCUCUCAUCUGGUUCCUCCAUUAAGAUUGCCAGGUAGAAAGCUGGUGUCCUCCACUGUCUCUCCCAGUAUUACCCCACAUGAAGAUCCUUCCCAGCAGUUCCUGCAUCAGAGCCUGGAGAGAGUUUACAACUUUCAGCACCUCGACCCACAGGGCAUACAGGAGCUGCUGGAGUUUACUAUCCGUGAUCUUCAGAGGCUUGGAGAACUGCAGUCAGAACUGGCAGGGAUGGCAGAUUUCUCUGCAACUUACCUUCAGUGUCAACUGCUCCUCAUCAAGGCCUUGCAGGAGAAGUUGUGGAAUGUGGCAGCCCCCCUGUACCUGAAACAGAAUGCGUUGGCGUCUGCUGCAGCCAAACAGAUCCUGGAAGAAACUUACAAGAUGGAGUUCAUGUACAGUGGAGUGGAAAGUAGACAAGUAGUCAUUAUUCACCACAUGAGACUGCAAGCAAAGGCCUUGCAGCUGAUAGUGACUGCCCGUACCACCAGAGGAGUGGAACCCCUUUUUGGGAUGUGUGAAAAAUUCCUCCAAGAAGUGGAUUCCUUUCAGAGAUGUUUCAUCUCUGAGCUCCCACAUAUGCAAGGCAGUUUUGUAGAUAAAUUGCUGGACUUAAUGCCCAGACUUGUGACAUCCAAGCCUUCAGAAGUGGUCAAGAUUCUUCAGACAACGCUACGGCAAAGUACCUUCCUCCACCUYCCUCUCCCAGACCAGCUCCAUAGAGCCACUGCAAAUAUCAUUGAGCCUACAGGUGAAUCUGAUAAUCCCCUGAGGUUUACAUCAGGGUUGGUUGUGGCACUGGAUGUUGAUGCAACUCUGGAACAUGUGCAGGAUCCCCAAGGAACUGUUAAAGUUCAGGUGUUGUAUCCAGAUGGACAAGCACAGCUAAUCCAUCCUAAACCAGCUGACUUCCGAAAUCCUGGCCCUGGAAGGCACAGGCUGAUAACUCAGGUUUACCUCUCACACACAGCCUGGACAGGUAACAUGAAUGAUACGAGUUAAYGGGGUUGUGUGACAGCACUUUUAUUAGACACAAAUUACAUGCCCCCAGUCUAGGGGGGUUUGAGGAUCCUGGAGUCUCCAGCUGUGGUUGGUGCUGCCCUUGGUGUCUCUCAGGACUUUGAGCAGUUACAGCUCCCUGUUUACCAGGGCACUGCUGCUCUGUAAGGGAUUAGAGGGGCUGCUGUUUUAGGAGAGCCCCGGGAGCCCUCGCCUGAGAGACGUGCAAAGUGAGGUCACCCUCUCGUGUGCAGAGCAAAGUCAGCUGUAGGARCCAGGUCUGCAUCCUCAGGUAAAGGCAAGGGGGCACAGUAAACUGACAUGUUUGAGCAUGGCAGAGAACCUUUGAAACUGUGCAGUAYAGCAGUAUAGUUUCACUGCUGAUUCAACUUUCACCCUUUAAAUGCCMUAAAAACCCACCUUUAGCUCUGAUGAUGAUAUGACUCCAACACUCACCUUCAGUCUCAGCUGAUGUUCACACUUUCCCAUGGAAGUAAUUGGUUUGCAGACUUCAAACAACAAAAGCAGAGUGUAUUUCAUGCACAGCUCCCUUUGUCCUGUUUUAUAUUAAUCCAUACUUUUUCAUUCAAAUGUAGCGAGUUCCUCUGAGAGGGUCUUUUUCUGAGCAAUUUUUCAUUGGAUUUGGUGGAUUUUUAUUUUUUUGUAACCAACAGAAUUUUGUUUAUUGCCAUGUUCCUUCACAUACUCCUUUAUUUAUAUAGUACUUCCAUGGUGUACCCACUCAUUCUGCUGUCUUUGUUUUGUUUUGGAGAAGAAAACAUGGUACCGUUUCUAGGACUGGAAGUAKCUGGGUGUAAGGGUUGAUGCUGUACUUCACCAGAAGGGGCUGAAUGAAGUCCUUGUUUCUACUUUUGCAGCAUUCACUGGAAGGACAUUUUAAGCAUGGCCCUAAGGGAUUCUGUUCCGGUGUCUCCUCUAGGCAUUAUUUUAAUUAUGAACUUCAACAUUGGCACUUAGGCAUAUAAAACAGGGGGAAGACACUGAGCUGGGAGGGGCUCAGGAAACAGAGUCUGAAUGCAGAGUGGAAAAAUUGCCUUAAUUCAAGACAAUGAAACCUGUUAAAGGCCAGUAGAAAGAGUGUGCUUGGGAAGGAGAAUGCCCMAGUGCAAAGCAUGAAUUAACUGCCAGGUGUAGAGCAGAAGUGAAAGAGGUUUGCAAGUAAGAGCUGGUGGAGUGACGAAAAGAUGAACUCAGGGCUGAAUCAUGGAGUAACUGUGCAAAAGGAUUAAUUCUUGUGUACUGUCUGGUGCUGAUGAGGUCUCAGCUGGAGACCCRCUGCAGUUCUGAGCAUGGUGUCCCRAAGUCCUGUGGGUUUCAGGUUUCAUUUAGGUUUUGUUAWUGUGGUCCUGUUGUUGGUUAUCCCUGGUAUACAGUUAAGCCCCACACACCACCUGGUGCUCACUCCCAGUGGGACAGGGAAGAGAAUCAGAAGGGCAAUGUGAGAAAACUCAUGGGUAUUACACUGUGCAGGAAUAGUUACACUAUUUUGGUCACAGAUCCAAAACAAGGCAUCAUGUGACUACUAUGAAGGAAAAUUAACCUCAUCCCAGAYCAGUACAGUCCAUAAAGAAAACCUAAACAAAUCUGAUUUUCAGUCUAGAAAUGAGAAUUUUGUUGGGGAUGUAAGUCCAGAGUAAUAGUAUGUAUACUGAAACCCACAGUUUUGACCACUGUGAGAAAAGUGGAAUCUUCCUAUGGGCGGUAGUAGGAAUCUUGCUCUGCCCAUUUGCUGAGUUGGUGAAAGAGAGGAAGAGGCUGUCUGGUGUGUGAAAACUUCCAACAAGAGAGUCUUCAAAUAAUCUCCUGUGCCUCAAGUCUUACCAGAUGUCAUCUGCAUUGAUCCUGACAUAAACACAGUGAGCAGGGCCUGCUAGUUCUGUGGGGGUUUUAAUGGUUUUUACUAAUUCAUUGGAGUUACUUUUGAACAGUUAUUUUUGAAAGUUGCAAGUUGUAAGGGUUUUUUUUAAGUGUAAGGUAAGAUUUUAUAAGUGAUGACAAAGAGAGAAGGGGAUKAACCUAGAGCAAUACUUUGUUCUCCUGUGCUGAAUGUAAUGCCAAAGGUUUGUUUUCAAAUACUGGACUAGAUUCUGGUCAGCCCAGAACAGCUCGGUACUUACCCAUCCUACAUGAGAUUAAAAUUCAUCAAUUUGAUCCAUUGAUUGUUCCCUGUGCAAUGACAAUCACGUUUGGAUUGUUCUGUGUUUUUUCUCUGCAGAGCCRUGUCAGAU